AUGAGCAUAAGAGACCUGGAAAGCGAGGGGAAGGCUGGGGAGCAGGAUAAGGUAGAGGUGAGCCUGGGUCAACCUUGUGAAAACUGUUGCUCAGUCCUGGACUUAGACAAUGCUAGGCAGGUGUCCACGGAGAGUCACAAGGUCUCUUUAUUGCCCCUGGAUGGGGCACAAUGGAAAAUGAAGCACAGCCCCCACUGGCUAGCACGGAUACUGGCCUCAGAGCUCAGCCUGAUCGCCUUUAUCCUGCUGCUGGUCAUGGUAUUCUCCAAGAAAUGGCUGUAUCUCUCUGGGAGCCGCUUCUACCAGCGCUGGCCCAUGAAUGUUAGUACCAGAAUCUAUACAUCAGCUCACAUUAUGUCCAUGGGGCUUCUACAGGUCUGCAAAUCCAAGCGUUGUCCCAACUCAGAGAACGGGAAAGACAGUUUUAAGCUGUGGACAAAUCACCCGAUAUUUGGGUUGGCCAAGAUAACCUUCAGCCUCGCCUUAGGGCUGGGCUUCAUCCUCACCAUCUGGUUGCAUCUGUCGUACCUACUUGUUUUCCAGAAACUGCCCUUCUUUGGCUGGAUUGGGAUUGUCAUGAGCUUCUCUGAAGUUAUCUUCAUUUUCUGCACCCUCAUGUUGUUUCCUAUUAACCUCUGGAUUUUUGAAUUGAAGAAGAAUGUAUUGAUCCCCAUUGGCUGGAGCUAUUUCAUUGGUUGGUUGGUGUUUAUCCUUUAUAUCACCUGUGAUGGAAUCAUGAUGACAGCCAGCUAG